UCCUGCGCCGCGCGGAGACUUCGGCAGUCGCAGCCGGACGCCGGCGGGGAAGGGUGGAGUAUUUGCUGCAGAAGACACGACAGGGGCGGCAGGCAGACAGGCAGGCGGCCUGAGAAGACGGCAAAGGAUUUCCCCCCACCCUACUCCUUUCAUCCCCCCACCCUGAAAUAUCUGUGGCCCAGGACCACCACAAGGGAGCUGGGGCUGCCUCCUUAUUUCUGUCUCCCUUUAGAGAGUCCAUUCGCUUGACUCUGUUUUUUGGGGGGGCGGUUCGGGUCCCCUUAAGGCUAGUAAAGAGGUGGGGGCCACAAUGUAACAAGGGCAUGAGCAGAGACCCCUGAGGGGGGGUUGAGCCCCCUUCCCCAUUGAUCCCCACUUUACAGGCCUUGUAUAUUUAUCUCUUCUCCCCCUCCUCUCUUCAAAAGGUUUUUAACACCCCAGCCAUUGGCCACCCCUCUCCCUGUCACCUGCUCAAGGAUCUUCCUCAUUUCUCCCUCCCUUUUUAAAAAUUAAAUAUACAGGGGUCUGAAUUGCUCACCCCCAUUUUAAGGGGCCUGUAUAUGUGUGUGUAAGAUAUAAGAAUUCCUGCCAUCUUCGUUUAGAGAGAGAGAGAGAGAGAGUGUCACACUCCCACUUUUAAAGAAUUCUUCGUUCCCUGUUCCUCCAAACCCUAUUUGGGCCUAUAUUAAAUUGUGUUUUCUUUAAAGGGGCCUGGGACAUUGUGUCUCUUCUCCCUGUCCCUUUAAUUUUUAUUGCUUUCUCUACCCCCCACACAGGAGAGGGUUUAUUUCCUCUGCCUUAGAGAAGCCCCCAACCCUGCCUUUAAAAGCCAGCCAGGUGCCCCUUUCCCCUUUGAAUCCCUUCCCAGUCAAGGUGCUAACCACCCCCCCCUUUUUUUUUGGAAGCCAGAGAGCCUUAAAACACUCUUGCCUGGCGAUCUCUUGUAUUUGCAAACCGCUGGCCUUGAUGAUUAUAUUCGUAUUAAUAAUCAUUACUGUAAUAUAGGGCCAAAAGGAACCUAAAUGACCCCCCUUUCUGACUGUGGCCCCUCUGGCAUCUUUCUGCCUUCAAAGGAGGGUUAAACAACCCCCAAUCUCUCCCUCUCUCUUCCCCCAUGCCAGGAAAAGCUCCUCGCCUUUGGGAAGCCAGAGCAGCCAGCCAGUACCCCUCACCCCCUUUGCCUGGGGGCCCCCCGACCUGCGCCUCCCUGAUCAUGCCGAAAGCUGCCCCCCAUCCUUGGGGGCAGCCGGGACGAAGGGAGACAAGCAGAUCCCCCCUCGCUGCCCCCCUGAGUGCCUCUUCUUUUUCUCCUCUCCUGGCCAUCCCUAGCCUGGAUUGCUGAUGUGAGCUUGCUUUUGAGGUUCCCCUCCUGUUAGCCUCCCUGCGUCUCUCCCGUCACGGGCUUCAUGCCCCCCUGAAGAGGAUGGAGGUGGUGGGGGACUUUGAAUAUAGCAAGAAGGACCUCAUAGGACACGGAGCCUUUGCUGUGGUCUUCAAAGGUCGCCAUCGCAAGAAAACUGACUGGGAAGUGGCCAUUAAAAGCAUCAACAGAAAGAACUUGUCGAAAUCUCAACUCCUGCUUGGGAAAGAGAUAAAAAUUUUAAAGGAACUUCAGCACGAGAACAUUGUGGCCCUCUACGAUGUCCAGGAGUUGCCCAAUUCUGUCUUUCUAGUAAUGGAGUAUUGCAAUGGUGGCGACCUGGCAGAUUACUUACAAGCAAAAGGAACGCUCAGCGAGGACACCAUCCGUGUGUUCCUGCAGCAGAUCGCGGCUGCCAUGCGCAUCCUGCACAGCAAAGGGAUCAUCCACCGGGACCUCAAGCCGCAAAACAUCCUGCUGUCGUACGCCAGCCGCAGGAAGUCGAGCGUCAGCGGCGUACGCGUCAAGAUAGCUGACUUUGGGUUCGCUCGCUACCUCCAGAGCAACAUGAUGGCAGCCACCCUCUGUGGUUCUCCAAUGUACAUGGCUCCUGAAGUGAUCAUGUCGCAGCACUAUGACGCUAAGGCUGACCUGUGGAGUAUAGGAACGGUGAUCUAUCAAUGUCUGGUUGGAAAGCCGCCUUUUCAGGCUAAUAGCCCUCAAGAUCUGAGAAUGUUCUAUGAAAAGAACAGGAAUCUGAUCCCUAGUGUCCCCAGGGAAACAUCCCCUUACUUGGCCGACCUGCUUUUGGGUUUGCUCCAAAGAAACCAGAAAGAUAGGAUGGACUUUGAAGCCUUCUUCGGCCACCCUUUCCUCGAUCAGGUUUCGACGGUCAAAAAAUCGUGUCCUGUGCCCGUGCCGACGUACACCGGCUCCGGCUCCGGCAGCUCCUGUGGUAGCUCUCCCUCCUGCCGGUUUGCUUCUCCCCCAUCCCUUCCAGAUAUGCAGCACAUCCAGGAUGACCACCUCUCUUCCCCUCCCUUGGGGCCUCCGAAUUACCUUCAGGUGUCCAAGGAUUCCCCCAGCACCAGUAGCAAGAACUCCUCUUGCGACACGGAUGACUUUGUUCUGGUCCCGCACAGCAUCUCCUCCGAUCAGUCCUAUGACAUGCCUCUGGUAGCCACAGGCCGGCGGUCCUCGAGUGAAUUCCUGAUGUGCGGAGGGCAGUGCCAGCCGUCGGUCUCCCCCCGCAGUGAGACAGCCCCCAUCCCGGUCCCCACGCAGCUGCGCAAUUACCAGCGCAUCGAGCAGAACCUGACCUCAGCCGCCAGCCCCGUGUCCAACCCCCAAGGGUCACCGAGAUCUGCUGCAGUGAGGCGGUCGAACACCAGCCCCAUGGGCUUCCUGAAGACUGGCUCCUGUUCCCCAGUGCCAGCGGACUCUGCCCAGGCUGUCGGGCGCCGGCUGUCCACGGGCUCUUCCAGGCCAUAUUCCCCUUCCCCACUUGUUGGCACCAUACCUGAGCAACUUGGGCACUGCUGUUGUGGGCAGCUGCAAGGGCAUGAAUCCAGGAGCCGAAACUCCUCAGGGUCCCCGGCACCGCAGUCCCAGUCUCCGCAGCCCCUCCUGAUGGUGGGAGCCCGCCUUCAGAGCAACCCGACGACCCUGACGGACAUUUAUCAGAGCAAGCAGAAGCUCCGGAAGCAGCACUCGGACCCCGUCUGCCCAUCCUACGCGGGCCACGGCCACUCUCCGCAGCCCGCUCGGCCGGUCAGCCUGGGGACAUCGCCCACCAAGCACGCAGGGUCGUCGCCCCGGAGCUCGGACUGGCUCUUCAAAACUCCCCUGCCGACAAUCAUUGGCUCUCCAACAAAGACAGCAGCUCCUUUCAAGAUCCCCAAAACCCAAGCAUCCUCCAACUUGGUGGGCCUGGUCAGUCGGCAGGGGCCGGCCGACGCCCCCUUGCAGCAGGCGAAAGACGUGGGCGAGACGAGGGAGUUCUCGCACUUCCAUUCGACGCAGGGGAGCGACAGGCAGGCGGCAGAGCAUCAGCAGCGCGGCAAGACUCUGUUUGGCAGGUCCGUGAGUACCGGCAAGCUAUCGGAUCAGCAAGCGAAGGCGGCUCUCAGCGGGCAGCUCUACCAGGGCAGCACGGACAGCCUUAAUACAGAACGGCCGAUGGAUACAGCUCCACCAGGGGCCUGUGGCGUCGCAGCAGUGCCUCCCUCCGUGGGAGCCGUUGGGAGCUCAAGGGCCGUGAUGUUUACUGUCGGAUCCCCUCCGAAUAGCGCCACCCCUCCAGCCUGCACCCACAUGGCCCUCAGAGCCCGAACGACAUCUGUUGGCUCCAACAGUUCCGGGGGGUCUCUGUGUUCCACCAGCGGCCGCGUCCUCAUGGGCUCCCCACCAGGCAUUUACAUGGGCUCCUCUCCUCCUGGAGCAGAGGCCUCUCCGUACCUGAGGUACAUGUCUUACGGUACUUCACCGCCCAGCUUGGAGGGAUUUAUCACCUUUGAAGCUCCCGAACUGCCAGAAGAAACUCUGAUGGAGAGGGAGCACACAGACACCCUGCGCCACCUGAACCUGAUGCUGGCCUUCACGGAGUGCGUCCUGGACCUGACGGCCGUCCGGAGCGGGAACCCGGAGCUAUGCUCCUCGGCGGUCUCCCUCUAUCAGAUCCAGGAGAGCGUCGUUGUGGAUGAGAUCAGCCAGCUGAGCAAAGACUGGGGGCAAGUUGAGCAGCUGGUCCUGUACAUGAAAGCCGCCCAGCUGCUGGCGUCGUCCUUGCACCUGGCCAAAGCACAGAUUAAAUCGGCAAAACUGAACCUCUCUACCGCAGUGAAGCAAGUGGUCAAAAACCUGAACGAGAGGUACAAGUUCUGCAUCGGCAUGUGCAAGAAGCUGACGGAGAAGCUGAACCGGUUCUUCCUGGACAAGCAGAAGUUUGUCGACGAAGUCAACAGCGUCACGGCCGAAAAGCUUAUCUACAGCUGUGCUGUGGAAAUGGUACAGGCAGCAGCCCUGGACGAGAUGUUUCAGCAGACGGAAGACAUUGCCUACCGAUACCACAAAGCAGCUCUGUUGCUGGAAGGCCUGGCGAAGAUUUUGCAGGACCCGGCCGACAUAGAAAACAUCAACAAAUAUAAAGCUAGUAUCGAACGGAGGCUCUCAGCUCUUUGCUGCAGCGCGGUGGCCGUUUAUGAACAGUAACCAGUUGGCCUGGGACCAUUUGACAGAUGUUCUGCUGCAGCCAAAUCACCACCUUUGCCCCUGCCCUGAUGGAGGGCAGGUUUUUUACAUUUCUGUGGGUUUUCUACCAAAGAGAAAAAUGCAGCUGGUUCACAGAGGAGGAGAAACCCUGAAUUAUUUCAGAGGAGACUUGCCUUUAUGACUUAACAGAUCGCCCCCUGUCCUUCACUGAGCAGCUGGAUUUAAAAGGCUUUGUCUUUGCAUUUCCAACGGAACUGGUUUCCACGAAACCUUGGUCGCAGGACGGUGAAUGGGCUUACUAUUUUUUCUUACAAAAGCAUGGCACAAAUAAUCGAAUUUCUUCACCGAGGUCCAGAACAGCUGGCUUCCUGUUCAUUUGGGGGGGGGGGGUAAAGGGUUUCCUUUUUUUGGAACAAGACUGCAGAACGAAGAUAAGACAAUGUUAAUCACAACCCUGUGUCUUGUGAAUGCCUUUGCUAGGUUUGGAUCUGAGCUUGUGUCUUGUAAAUAGCAUUCUUCCAGCCCAUUAGGCAAGAGAAGAAACUGCACCUUUGUAAGAAAACCUGAGGAAAUGAUGGACCCAAGGAUACCUAUUUCUUUGGUUUUGCGAUCAGAUUGCAGAGGGGGAAUCUAUUCAGAAUCCCUGAAACCAGUCUUAGCAAUUAUCGUGGAUAUGUAAAAUCUUUUGAUGGUUUUUCUUCUUCCUGAUUUAUCCUGGCCCAAAAUACUUUAUAUUGCACUAAUUUACUAAAAUGACUGUGUGCUCGUUUCUCUUCUUUUUGGAAAAACUGUUAAUUUAAAAAAAAAAAUCAGAAAAGGCACAACGAUGAACUCUUGCUGGGGAGGAGGGAGGGGGAACACUUUAAUUUCACUGUGCUUUCCAUGGGAAAAAACACCACUGUCCCAAAAUCAUCCAGAAAAAAACAUUUUCCAGGAUUUCAAAUGUAGCUUCUUAGGAGACUUUCAGACAAAGCAUAACAUGUACAUAACAGGACUUCAGGCAGACUAUUCCUUUUUUAUGUAUCUGUUUGUCUUAAUACUUGAGUCGCUACGCCACACCCUGGACUGUUUCAAUGAUGUUCUGAAGCAGGUGGUGGCUUUUACUCUUCUCGCUCCCUGCCCCCCAAUAUACAAGUUUGAUUGCUUAGUUCUGUUGUAGCAUGUGGGAUGUGUGCGUUGUUGCCUGUACCCUGAAAGUUGGUGCCCCCCCCCCCCGAAAGAGCCUAUUUUUCUUUGUAUUGGAGGACACCACUGCAGUUUCAAUCUGUUCCUUUCAGAGCUGUGUAUGGCUCUUAAGAGACACACAAGAUCUUCAGGACUCCGGAUGUUAUACAGCAUGGAUUUUUCUUACAGUACCAGAGCAUUAAAGAAAAAAAACAUAUCAGGGUUCCUGUACAGCUUUUGAGGACACUUUGCCAUCUCCUUCAGCUGCCUCCCCCCCCCCUUUCAGACAUGCCUUUAAGAGGCUUUGCAACUUGUGAAGCAUCUAAGGCGACUUUGUCUCUCUGGAAACAAUUCCUCUUCAUUUUGAGAGUUGAUUGUGUUUUUAAUUAUCAUCACUUGGACACUUGAAUACACACCAUUUUUCAGAACAAAAUGAUUUUGAACCUUUUUGGGGUUUUUGGGUUUUUUUUACUGCUCAAGCCUUCUCGGCAGGGAGGUCGUUGGCAUUCAGGCACCAUCUGUUUCCGUGAACUGAUAACUGCGCGUGUGUUUUGGUCUCUCUCCCCCCCCUUCCCCUCCCCCCUUUUUAUGCUUUGACAACGUAAUGUGCUUUUUACCUUAUUUAUCUGUACAAGAAAUUCCAGCAGUUAAUUUGAAAGUGUUUUUUUUUUUUUUUAAUUUAUACAACAUUUGUAUUUUUAGGUCUUUAAUACAGUGUUUCUACUACCUCUUCUUUGUAACUGCAUGCAUUUCUUCUUGACCCAUAGCGUAAUAACUGAAAAAAACAAAACAAAAUCCUGUUGCAUAAUUUUUAUUAUGGCCUGUGUAAAUGUAUAUUAAGGUUAGAAACAAAAAAAUAAACUGAUAUGCAAAAGUG